AUGAGUUUACGUUUUGUUCAUGACGAUUAUCCAUUAUCGUUAACAUUGUUGUUCGAAAAUACAGAUGGCUGUACAAAUAAGAAUUUAACAACAGAAUUCAAUGCACUAUCAUUGGGAAUUGUAGAUGAUCGUGUAAGUGAGAAUUUAACAACAGAAUUAAUUGACAAUGAAAAUUUGAAUAAAAUCCUUGAUGAGUUCUUUUCGGAACCAACUAAUGUCGAAACACAUAUUGAAACGAACAACAUCAAGCAAUUGACUGAGAGUUCGGUUGAUUCUUCAGCAGAUGCAUCUGCCAGCAACGAAUCAAAUUUAACGGUGUCAACAAAUAUUCUUAAUGAACCGAUCACAUCAACUGUUAAUUGUUCGAUAUACUUCAAAAAUUCAAUUCAAGACAGGUUUCGUAUUCAUAGUGAAAACGAAUUUCGUCGGAAUCAGGUUAGAGGAAUUCCAAAAGUAAGAGAUUGUGCAGGCAAUUCAAGACUUUAUCUUGGUGGAUCAGUUUCAGCUCUCGCUGAUGCAUUAAUCGAAUUUUCAAUAGUAUUCAAAGGUCCUGAUGAAUAUGCGACUAAUGAUAAUGGAUUUUUAGCUUUGGAAAUGGCUAUCUGCAAAUCAAGAAAUUCUAUGUUCGAAUGUAGUGAUGGACAAAACACUGGAAUAUGUCAAAUUGAACGAUUUCCUUCUGGUAAUACAGUGAAAAUUGAUCAUGAACAAUUAUCAUUAUGGAAAAUAAAUGAGAAUAGAAAUAGCACGAAUGAAACUUUUAAACCUAUAACCCCUACGAAAUUAGCUAAAUUUCUCAAAGUAUAUACUGUCUAUAUCAUUGGUCGUGAGACUUAUUUGGAUGCUGAUAAAGGACAAUAUGUACCGGAAAACAAUUUUCGGAUUCUUUCAAAUGCCUUUACACCGAAUAGUCUAUGUAAAGCAGCGCAAUCUAAUAACAGUCUAAGUGGAUUACACAUUACUCAAGUAAAACUUUCACAAAAUGAAAAUAUCAAUCAAUAUGAUUUACAAGUCUCCGUUAUUAUUCCAGAAAUGUAUAGAUGUACACAAUUAAAAAAUAAAUAUUUAGAAGUUAAAAUCUGUACUGGUAACGAACAAGAUUUAAAUAUUCAUCCUGAUGAUAAACUUCUGGAUAAUCAAACACCAGUUGAUUCAAGAUUAAUUCCUGUUGAUGAAUAUAAUUCUACGUAA